UUGAUUUCCAAUCUUAAUUUUACUGCAGAAUUUUAGCCAAAACCCUAAUCUUUUCCAAGUCAUUUUGACGAUUCACUUCGCAAUUUCAAUCAUCUUCUCCAACCUCUGCUUUCAGUUUCUUGGUGAUUGAUCUGUUCUUCUCUCCUCCGACGCCAAACGAAACGAUACUAUUAUCCCUCAUAAGGCUAGUUGUUCAUUGUGAGUCGUGAUUAUGGAGGAUAAUGACGAAACUGCCCUUGGUCUACAAGAUGUUUACUCCAAACAAAAUCAGGAUCAAGAUGAACUCUCUGCUGAAGAUUUAGCCUGGGUGAACUCCUGUCUGAUUGAAGAACCUGAAAUAUCAAAAACUAAUAUUGAUUCUCUAAAAGAAGCUUUACUCAGUAUUCUUGAUCAUCAUUCUGAGAUCUUCAGCCCUUAUGAAAACGAACUAGAACUAGACAACUCAAAUGACAUAAUUGACCCUGAGAAUUCACCUUCUCCAACAGAGGAAGUAACAGAUGCCAACGGGGAUUCUGGGGAUGAUGAAAGUUGUGAUGUUUUAUCCCCAUUAAAUCAUCCUUUUCUUCCGAAUUUUAACGAUGAGAUGAUGAAGAUUGAGUAUUCUGAUUCUGAUUCCGGUUCCGAUUCCGAUUUGGGUUUCCGGGUGUCAGAAUUAGUGAUGGAACCGGAAUCGGAGGAUAUUUUUAAGGUUUGGGAAUUGGAUAUUCCGGUUGAAGAAGAUGAACUUGUUAAAGAGUUGAAGGAGGCUCUCUCUGAGAAUGAUGCUACUUCUAGAGUGCCGAGAAUGAAAAGUUUGAAAAUAGAGUCACUUGAUAGUCUUGUUGAGAGCAUUGCAGAUCUUUCUUUGAAGUAAAAUGUGUUGUUUGUUUAUUAGUUUUAGACCAAAUGUUUCAUAUAUAUGCAAAUAUUUGUGCUUCUUAUUCUUUCACUUCUGUUUUAUCUAUUUUAUAUUAAACGGUUAGUGAACUUCAAGGCAAAA